UCUCACUUGCCAGGGAGCCCUUCUCUCUGCAGCUGCCUCGCAGGCAUGGACAACCUGCAUGAGACCUUCCUGGGCCUGGAGGAUGGCUUGGGCCCCUCCGGCAGCCCCGGCCUGCUGUCCGCCUGGGACUGGAAAAGCAGGGCAGGGCCCUUCGAGCUGAGCCAGGCCUCGCCCACUCAGAGCCUCUCCCCGGCCCCCUCGCUGGAGUCUUACACCUCUUCUCCCUGUCCGGCUGCGGCUGGGCUGCCCUGUGGGCAUGGGGGUGCCAGCAACGAGAGCAGUGAUGGCUGCAGCGGCCGUGACCCUGGUGGCCUGGUAGAGGUGGACUACAACAUGUUAGCUUUCCAGCCUGCCUACCUGCAGGGCACGGGGGGCCCCAAGGCCCAGAAGGGCACCAAAGUCAGGAUGUCUGUGCAGCGGAGACGGAAGGCCAGCGAGAGGGAGAAGCUCCGGAUGAGGACCUUGGCCGACGCCCUGCACACCCUCCGGAACUACCUGCCACCCGUCUACAGCCAGAGGGGCCAGCCGCUCACCAAGAUCCAGACGCUGAAGUACACCAUCAAGUACAUCGGGGAACUCACAGACCUGCUCAACAGCGGGAGGGAGCCUCGGCCCCAGAGCGCCUGAGCCCCCCGCGGGCCCCCUGGACCAGCAGCACACGGUCACGUUUGCAUGGUCAGCCUGUGAGCUUGUUGACAGGAGAGUUUUAAGGGAAUUCCCACUGGACUUGGUGGAACUGCCGGAGAAGCAGGUACUUUGCUUCCAGCUGCCCCACGAUUUCUCAGGAGUCUCACCCUUUGCA